GCUGGGCAGAAUGAAGCUGUUAGUUUGUAUCUUCUUGGCCUCUCUUGCUGCUGCUGCUACUGCACAUCUACACACAGACCCGACGCUGGAUAACCACUGGGAGCUCUGGAAGAAAACCUAUGGCAAGCAAUACAGCCACAAGAAAGAGGAAGGGGAACGGCGCGUGACCUGGGAAAAGAACCUCAAGCUUGUUAUGCUGCAUAAUCUCGAGCACUCACUGGGGCUGCAUUCCUAUGAGCUGGGCAUGAACCACCUGGCAGACAUGACCAGCGAGGAAGUGGUUGCUUUAUUAACUGGAGUGAAAGUUCCCCACCGAUCUGACCGGAAUUCCACCUACAGGCCUCGCCCUGGCAGCAAAGUGCCUGACUCCAUGGACUGGAGGGACAAGGGAUGUGUUACAGAUGUGAAGUAUCAGGGGUUCUGUGGCUCCUCCUGGGCUUUCAGUGCUGUUGGUGCCCUAGAAGCUCAGGUGAAACUGAAAACUGGAAAACUGGUGUCUCUCAGCACACAGAACCUAAUCGACUGUUCCAAAGCAUAUGGGAACUACGGCUGCCUGGACGGAUAUAUACCCAGAGCCUUCCAGUACAUCAUCGAUAAUAACGGCAUUGAUUCAGAUGCUUCCUAUCCAUACACAGCUCAGUCUGGAACGUGUCAUUAUAAUCCUGCCACGAGAGCCGCCACCUGCUCCAACUUUGUUGAGCUCCGGUAUGCCAAGGAAGCAGCCCUGAAGGAUGCCGUAGCCAAUAUUGGACCUGUAUCCGUCAUCAUAAAUGCGGCAAAGCCUUCGUUUUUCCUGUAUAAGUCAGGAGUCUACGAUGAUCCACGUUGCACUGAAGAGCCAAAUCAUUCAGUUCUAGUUAUUGGCUAUGGCACCCUGGAUGGGAAGGACUUUUGGCUUGUGAAAAACAGCUGGGGCAUAAAGUUCGGUGACAAAGGGUACAUUCGAAUGUCCAGGAACAAAGGAAACCAAUGUGGGAUUGCCAGCUAUGGUUUUUAUCCACAAAUAUAGAGGGAUGCUCUGCUUCAGAAUGCACUCUGGAGAAGUGGUCUGUUAAACUGCUAAUCUUAGCCUUGCUGUAAUCUAGCUGCUCUGUUGGAGAACAAUGUAUGGGCUCUAAUGGCAAAAUCCUCCCAUCAGAUCCAUCUGAUGGAUCUGAGAUAAGCAGUCGAAAUGAUGAAUGUUCGUGAUUGGUCUGGUCCAGAAUUUGGGCACUUUUAGCUCACUCUCCCUAUCCCGCAGGGGUGUUUGUAAUUGAUUAAUGUCUAUGCAUUGCUUUGCGCAUGUGAAGUGCUAUUUCAGUGCCAAGUAUCGUCACUGCUGCUGUCUCAAAAUGUGUUGGAGUGAAGGCCGUGUCACCCGGAUAUAACUAGUCCAGGAGUUGGCAACCUUUCAGAAGUCGUGUGCCGAGUCUUCAUUUAGUCACUCUGAUUUAAGGUUUCGCAUGCCAGUAAUACAUUAUAACGUUUUUAGAAGGUCUCUUUCUAGAAGUCUAUAAUAUAUAAC